CAGGCUUACAGGCAGGGUGCUCAAGGAACGCUCAACCCAGUUAGGUGGGGUGUUAACCAGGCUGUUCCAGCACCUCUUGGACACUAGCAGCGUCCCCGACCAGUGGAAGGAAUCCACCAUCAUUCCAAUUCCAAAGAAGACACGAUCAAAGGAUCUGAAGGACUACAGGCCAGUGGCCCCGACAUCGAUCCUGUGCAAGUGUAUGGAAAGAGCAGUGUGUACAUUAUUGUUAGGUGAGCUGUCAGACAAACUGGAUCCACUCCAGUUUGCUUACAAAGCAAAACGAGGCACUGAGGAUGCAAGGUCGACCCUGCACUUAUUUAAUGGAUAAAGGACUUUUUAAAAGACAGACCAUUUUUGUUCCUAGUUCUUUAUCUGGUCAAUGCAGAAGAAGAACAACAACAAGAAGAAUAAGAAGACAAAGAAAAAGACCAAGAUGAAGAAGAAGACCACCACUAGGUAUACCAGAUCAGUUGAUGUAAGACCGUGGCCUCAUUACUAUUGAAUUAAAUAUUUAUAUUCAUAACACGCGUUUAAAAAAAUCCAAUCGUUGCAGCUGAGUCAUGAGUUUCUUCAGUCUGUAAAUAAGCAGCAUUAAAAGUUUCUUCUGAAAAUAUUCAACAGUUUAUUGAAUAAUACUUCAUUCCAGAUAUUAAAUCCCUUAAACAGGAGGCUUGAGCAAUAUAUCCAUCAAAACCUGCCAUCACGUACACCUCAUUACAGAUUUACUUUGGUGUGGUCGAGGUGCUUUUAAAACCAUUCAGCAUUGACACACCCUUAUAGCCAAACAAGCCUCAUGUCAGACACGGUGAUCCUGAAAUAUGCAGAGCCAAGCAGUUACUCUUUUAGCAUUCCUGUUUUCCUGUGGCCUGAUUUAUGUUGUAAUUUGGAACAAGAUGCCAGACAAGCUGCUGAGGUCUGUUCAAAGUCUCUCCAGAACUCCAAAGAUAAAGAGUUUCAGGAGGCUGUAAUGUGGAACAUCCAGCUUUGGUUCUACAAAGGCCACCUCAAUAAUGUGAGUGAGUGGAACCGUCUAGCACACUUCAACAACCCGUUUGGGUUUAUGGAAUAUACCUAUACUGACAUCAAAAAGCCAGUGGAUUUGAUCCCAAAGCCGAAGUACAAUCAGCUUUUACCAGUGCCAAGUGGCUCAAAGGACGGAUGUAUUCGCUGCGCUGUAGUUGGCACAGGUGGCAUUCUCAACGGCUCCAAAAUGGGCAAAGAGAUCGACUCUCAUGAUUACGUCUUUCGAAUGAAUGGAGCAGUGCUUAAAGGCUUCGAGGAAGACGUUGGGAAUAAAACCUCGGUGUACGUGCACACGUCGUUCUCCUUAACUCAGUCUAUGAUCGGACUGGGAAAGUACGGCUUCAAACACAUUCCACAUGAUGAGGGAAUUAAAUAUGUCCUGAUUCCAGAGGGGAUGAGAGAUUUUAAUUGGCUUGAAGGCCUCCUGGAGAAAAAGAGGAUGACCUCUGGAGCCUACAGAGGUUACAGGCCCUUUACCUACUACGGUGACCGAUUCCAAGAGGAUAAAUUUUAUGUCCUUCAUCCUGACUUUCUAAGAUACGUCCGAAACAGAUUCAUGCCAUCCAAAACUCUGAACGGGCACGCCUGGGCUAUCUACAGACCGACCAAUGGAGCGUUCACAGUGUUCUUAGCUCUUCACACCUGUGAUAUCGUGGACUUGUAUGGCUUCAUCACUGAAGAACACAGAAAAUACCCCAACUAUUACUAUGACAGAAACGCAAAAACCCGUGUUAUUUUUUACAUCAAUCAUGACUAUAAUGUGGAGAUAAAAACGUGGAAGAAGCUGCAUGAAGCUGGAAUCAUCAACCUUUACCAAAGGAAGGAAAACCUCAACCAGACUGCGACUUAAUGAACUCCUUUCUUUCUGUAUUCCUGUAUUACUGUACAUGCACUCAGGUAAAUUCAGCCAGUGUAAAGACAUCCGGCGGGUUUUUUUUUUAAAUUAAUCUUUAUUGUAAUAUGAUUUUGUUAGUUAUAGAAUUAGUGGGUCAUGAAAGUUUUAUUACACACUGUGGAACAGUUUACAUUGUUACUUCAGCUGUUUUCCUCCCCAUUCCCUCAGUUCAAGACCUAACGCAGGGCUUGGGUUUUAAUCCUUUCACCACUGCAGACUCAUUGUAGUGGGGAACCUCCCUCUGGAAAAAGCUAUGCAGUGGUGAAAGGGUUAAUCGAACAGAAUUGAAACAUGUUUUGAAAAAAUAUUUAUGCUGUGUGAUUUUUAUUGAAAGCAACUAACAGUUUGGGCAGAAUAAAUGCCUUUUUAGGAAUUCAGUUACUGUCUGCUCUUUCCUGCUCUGAAUAUAUCCAAAUAUUGUGUUGUGUACAUAAAAGUUGCGUAUAUAGUUGUCAGUUUAUUUGUAUCAUGCUUUUAACAACAGACAUUGUUGCAAAGCAGCUUUACAGAAAAAUAAACACUUUAAACAUAUGAA